AUGUCCGCUGAGGCUCCCACUGGCUUCACCCCCCCAGAGCUGAAGGGCGACGUACCGUCCCCGAUCUUUGGCGGCAGCACUGGCGGCCUCCUCAGGAAGGCCCAGGAUGAGGAGUUCUACGUGAUCACGUGGGAGUCCAACAAGGAGCAGGUGUUCGAGAUGCCUACUGGUGGCGCUGCUACCAUGAGAGCCGGUGAGAACUCGCUGAAGCUGGCCAGAAAGGAGCAAUGCCUGGCCCUUGGUACGCAACUGAGGACCAAGUUCAAGAUUAACUACCAGUUCUACAGGGUGUUUCCCAGCGGCGAGGUGCAGUACCUGCACCCUAAGGAUGGUGUGUACCCUGAGAAGGUGAACGCUGGUCGUGUUGGUGCCAACCAAAACCUUCGCUCCAUUGGCCAGAACGUAGAUCCCGCCGCUGUGAAGUUCACUUCGAAGCGCGCGAGCGAUCUGUAG